AUGUCGUUAUGUCGUCGGCGGAGGGACCCAAUAGCCGACACAAUCUACUCACUGUCCCCGUUCAACCGAAUAUGCGUAAUUCUCUUCGGCGCAGUCUCCAUUCAUCUCACAAUAGGAACUUAUCACACUUUUGGCAACAUGCUACCCUAUAUGGCUUCGUAUAUGCGAAAUUUCACCGAUCCAACUGUCAGAAUCGAGCAUAUGAUGUGGAUUCCGACGUUUCAAGGAUGUUUCCCAUUCGCGAUGGUCAUAGGCGGUCUAACUUCAAGCACUUUCAGUCCGCGAGUCUCAGCAUUCAUUGGAUGUGCGCUAGUGACGUCGAGCGUCGCCCUAUCCGCCUACGCUAUUCAACACUCGUUCGCGUUGUUCUUCGUCGUCUAUGGUCUACUUUUUGGAUUGGGAUCUGGAAUUGCAUAUGUCACAGCGGUCUCUACAGCUAUCAAUUGGGCCCCUGACAAAAUCGGCGUUGUCUCGGGAAUCGUUGCCGCCGGCUUCGGCAUAUCCUCAUCGAUUUUCGCUCCUAUCCAGACGAUGAUUGUGAAUCCAUUGAAUCUUCCAGCCACCAAAGAUGGCUAUUUUGUACAACCAGAAUUGCUCAUGCGAGUGCCAUCAUUAUUCACAAAAUUGGCAAUUAUCUAUGGAAUCAUGCAAGGCAUCGCGCUGGUUGUCGUCUGUGAUCCACCGUUUCGGAAAUCCCGCUCCAACGAGUCUAUCACAAACUCCGUCGACGAUGAAGACGACGAUGAUGAAGACCCAGUAUUCGACAACGACGAAGACACAACAAUUCAGAUGACGUCUAGCGAGAUGCUGAAAUCUCCCACCUUUUACUGCCUAUUCGCAUCCCUAUUCUGUUGCUCAUUCUACGCGAACAUGUUCUAUAAUUUGUACAAAACCUAUGGCGAAUCGUUCAUCGAGGAUGAUAUGUACAUGGCAAUGGCAUUCUCCGUAGCGUCAGUUGCCAAUGCGAUCGCUCGGAUCGGUUGGGGCUAUUUGACGGAUCGAACGAGUUUUCAGAUUGCGCUGAGCACUGCCACGUGUCUUGCCAGUGUGUUCCUACUCACUAUGCCAAUGACUAGAGAGCUCGGAAAGAUGGCCUUCUUGUUUUGGCUCACCGGCACAUUCAUUUGUAUGGGUGCCACUCAUGCUCUUUUCAUCACUGCCACAGUCAAAUGUUUCGGAAAUCGGCACAAAGCUCGAAAUUAUGGUUAUUUGAUAUUAUCAACGACAGCAUCUGGAGUUCUGCUGGCAGCGAUUUCUCAGUUCUACUUGAAAGCCAUCGGAUACACUUAUCUUUUCAUUAUCACCUCAAUUUUCCCAUUCUGCGCAUUCAUCAUUAUUUCAUGUAUACAAUGGACUCCACAAGGAAAAUCUGUGACCUAA